CUAAACUCAAUAUUUUACCAUGUCAAAUCCCCUCUACAUGAUCAGAAAAAGACUCAGGAUGUCUAGCCCUGUUGCCAAAUGACUCCCUCCUCUUAAACCAGCAAGUAUUGAUCCUAACCUAAAAAUUGCUGACAAGAACUUCAAUAGAGCCCCUAGGAAGUCUGUACGAUCUCCAGCUAGAAUGAACAUCAGAGAUUUCCCAAAUUCACAUAAUCCUUUCAAACUAUCGACUAAGAAGCUAUUGGAAGGAUUGUCAUCUGCCAGAAAGGAAGUGAUGUCAGCCACUCUUAAUAAAGGAAAAGAAGAUAUUAGGAAGAUUAUUAGGCCAAUGAACUUUUAUGAGAAAAUAUCAAAUUCAAAGAUUAUGAAUGAGCAUGUUCAUCAAAGACUAGUGAAGCUUCUAAAUAAGCAAGGGCUCAGAUGAAAUUUGAGCGAGAAGAUCAAGAAGAUUAACACUAGGAGGAAGGUCAGAUGCUCUAAGGCUAUAAAGAAGAUUAUGAGUAGAGUUGUCAAUAUAAAUAGGAUGAAUAAAACUGUUUUCAGCUGUCCAAGAUCCCAAUGUCUUAAAUAAAAAGUUCUUAUUUUCUUAAUAAUUUUUUGCUAUA